AUGAAAGACGUUGUCGUGGAUGUGGCGCCCAAAUGCAUCAAGGGCCUCGAAUUCAGUGCUCUUUCGGCGUCGGAGAUCGUGGCCCAGUCCGAGUCCGAGGUCACCACCCGGGAUCUCUACGACCUAGAGAAGGGCAGACAGGUGAAGGAAAACGGUGCUUUGGACACCAGGAUGGGGACUUCGCUGAACGCCGUGGAGUGUGCCACGUGUCACGGGAACUUGGCGUCUUGCCACGGCCACUUUGGCCAUGUGCGUUUGGCGCUUCCCGUUUUCCACGUUGGUUUUUUCAAGCAGAUCAUCAGAGUGCUCCAGUGCAUCUGUAAGCUGUGUGGGCUGAUUUUGUUGGACGAACACACGAAAAGGCGGUUUUUGGGCGAGUUGCGGAGACCCAACAUCGACAAUCUCCGCCGGAUGAAGAUCUUGGCGAAAGUGGUGGAGCAGUGCAAGAAACAGAGACGUUGUUUGGCGUGUAACCACGUGAACGGUGUGGUGAAGAAAGCAGCCAGUGGAGCCGGACCAGCGGCUCUCAAAAUCGUCCAUGACACGUUUCGCUUCAUCGGCAAGAAGCCCACGCCCGAGAAGGAGUUCUGGGAAAAGGAGUUUGACGAGGUGUUCAUGAGAAACCCGGAACUCGAGAAGUUCGCCAAAAGGGUCCAUGAAGACUUGAAUCCGCUCAAAGUUUUGAACCUUUUCAAGCAGAUCUCGCCGCUUGACUGUGAGCUUUUCGGCAUCGACGCCUCCAGAGGCGGCCGUCCGGAAACCUACAUCUGGAGGUACCUCCCGGCUCCUCCUGUUUGCAUACGACCUUCUGUGAUGAUGGACGCCCAGCUGAACGAGGACGACUUGACGGUGAAAUUGACCGAGAUCGUGUGGACGUCGUCGCUCAUCAAGGCCGGUAUCGAAAAGGGCAUUUCCAUCAACAACAUGAUGGAGCAGUGGGAUUAUCUCCAGCUUUCUGUGGCCAUGUACAUCAACUCGGAUGCUGCCAAUCCGGCGCUUCUUCCGGGCAACAUGGGCCUGGGGUCCAAGAGCUCGAAGCCGAUCCGUGGUUUUUGCCAGAGAUUGAAGGGUAAGCAGGGCCGGUUCCGUGGUAAUCUUUCCGGUAAAAGAGUGGACUUUUCAGGCCGUACGGUCAUUUCGCCCGAUCCCAAUUUGAAAAUCGACGAGGUGGCCGUGCCCGACAGAGUGGCCAAGAUCUUGACGUACCCGGAAAAAUGUACCCGCUACAACCGCCAGAAGCUCCAGAAAUUGAUCUUGAACGGUCCCAACGUGCAUCCUGGUGCCAACUACGUUUUGAAGCAGAACGAGGCGGCCAAGCGUAAUUUGAAAUUCGGUGAUCGUGUGAAACUCGCCAAAAACUUGAGAAUCGGCGAUGUCGUCGAACGUCACAUUGAGGACGGCGAUGUGGUGCUUUUCAACAGACAGCCAUCUUUGCACAGACUCUCCAUUUUGUCCCACUACGCCAAAAUCAGGCCCUGGAGAACCUUCAGACUCAACGAGUGUGUGUGUACUCCUUACAAUGCCGAUUUCGACGGUGACGAGAUGAACUUGCAUGUUCCUCAGACCGAGGAGGCCCGAGCCGAGGCCAUCAACCUUAUGGGUGUGAAAAACAAUCUUUUGACGCCUAAAUCCGGUGAACCAAUCAUUGCUGCUACCCAGGAUUUCAUCACUGGUUCGUACCUUAUCUCCCACAAGGACUCUUUCUUUGAUAGAGCCUCAUUGGUGCAGCUUUUGUCGAUGAUGUCCGAUGCCGAUUUGCAGUUUGACCUUCCUCCACCUGCCAUUUUCAAGCCAGUGGCUCUUUGGACAGGAAAACAGGUGUUUUCGCUUUUGAUCAAGCCCAACAGAAAGUCCAAGGUGGUGAUCAACGUGGACGCCAAAAACAAGACCUUCCAUCCACCCGCCAAGGGCUUGCCCAGUGAAAUGUCGCCCAACGAUGGUUUUGUCGUCAUCAGAGGAUCCCAGAUUUUGAGUGGUGUCAUGGACAAAUCCACCUUGGGUGACGGUAAGAAGCACUCGGUCUUCUACACAAUUCUCCGUGACUACGGUCCCGAUGAAGCUGCUGAUGCCAUGAACAGAAUGGCCAAGCUUUGUGCCAGAUUCUUGGGAAACCACGGUUUCUCCAUCGGUAUCAACGACGUUACACCGGGAUACGAAUUGAAGACCAAGAAGGAAGACAUGGUUGAAUCCGCAUACGCCAAGUGUGACGAGCUCAUUGAUCUCUACAACAGAGGCAAGUUGGAGACCCAGCCGGGCUGUAACGAAGAACAAACGCUUGAGGCGAAAAUCUCCGGUUUGCUUUCCAAGGUUCGUGAAGAGGUUGGUGAUGUUUGCAUUCGAGAACUUGACUCGCUCAACUCUCCGUUGAUUAUGGCCACCUGUGGUUCCAAGGGUUCUACCUUGAACGUUUCCCAGAUGGUGGCUGUUGUUGGUCAGCAGAUUAUUUCCGGUAAUCGUGUGCCCGAUGGGUUCCAGGACAGAUCGUUGCCUCAUUUCACGAAAAUGUCGAAAACACCACAGUCCAAGGGUUUUGUGAGAAACUCGUUUUUUAGCGGCUUGAGUCCUCCAGAGUUUUUGUUCCACGCCAUUUCCGGAAGAGAAGGUUUGGUUGAUACAGCCGUGAAAACCGCCGAGACGGGUUACAUGUCCAGACGUCUCAUGAAGUCGCUCGAAGAUUUGUCGGCUUCCUACGAUAACACCGUCCGUAACUCGUCCAAUGGUAUUGUUCAAUUCACUUAUGGUGGAGACGGCUUGGAUCCUUUGGAUAUGGAAGGUGAUGCUCAGCCUGUCAACUUCAACAGACAGUGGGAUCACGCUUUCAACGUGACGUUCCAGAUCGCCGACAAGAGCUUGAAGCCUUACGAGAUCAUGGACGUUGUGGAAAAGGUGCUCCAGCCUUUGGAGCAGAAACUCGUCAGAUACGACAAUUUGGGCAAAUUGGUGGAAAUAGACAUCGGCGACCGUGUGGAGUACAUUGACCAGAAAGAUGCCGAAAGGUCUUUUUACAGAUCGCUCCGUGAGUAUGUCUUCAAGAAGGCCUCUCAGCUUGCUCAGUUCAGAGAAAACAGACACCUCCGUCCAUACCUCACCAAACGGUCCGAGGACGACGAAAUGGAGCUUGAGGAGGACGCCUCGUCCACCAAUGCCGUGAACCAGUUGCUCAAAAUCUCCGAAAAGUGUGUGGUGGAGUUUUUGAACCAGUGCUUCUACAAGUACAAGAGAGCCAAGGUGGAGCCUGGUACGGCUGUGGGAGCCAUUGGAGCGCAUUCUAUUGGUGAACCAGGUACUCAGAUGACGUUGAAGACUUUCCAUUUCGCCGGUGUGGCGUCCAUGAACGUCACGUUGGGUGUGCCUCGUAUCAAGGAGAUUAUCAACGCCGCCAAGGUGAUUUCCACGCCGAUUAUUAACUCUGUCUUGGUCAAUGAUGACGACGAGGUUGCAGCUCGUGUGGUGAAGGGCAGAAUUGAAAAAACCUUGCUUCGUGACAUUGCCUUCUACAUCGAGGACGUGUACAAGAACGAUAUGGCGUUUUUGUCGAUCAAGAUCGACUUGCGUACGAUCGAGAAGCUCCAGUUGGAAUUGACCUUGGAGAACAUCCGCCAGGCCAUUGCCGCCGCUCCAAGACUCAAGAUUCUCAACAACGAGGUGUCGAUCUACGGAAAGGACAGAAUCAACGUUUUGGUGACCCACAAGGAACUGAAGCUGGAGAAUUUGGCCAACACGGCUCUGCUGGACUACAAGGCCUCCGACACCAACACAUUGCUUUUCUUCAGAAUGCAGCACCUCAAGCGUGCGCUUCCUGACGUUGUCAUCAAGGGUCUCCCCAACAUUUCCCGUGCCGUUAUCAACAUCCGUGACGAUAGCAAGAAGGAGUUGUUGGUGGAAGGUUACGGUCUCAAACAGGUGAUGUCGACGGACGGUGUCGUUGGAACGAAAACAACCACCAACCAUAUUUUGGAAGUCUACGAGACUCUUGGUAUCGAGGCCGCCAGAUCCUCCAUCAUCGGCGAAAUCGACUACACCAUGUCCAAGCACGGUAUGAGUGUCGAUCCUAGACAUAUCCAGCUUUUGGGAGAUGUGAUGACCUACAAGGGCGAGGUUUUGGGUAUCACCAGAUUCGGCUUGUCAAAGAUGAGAGACUCGGUGUUGCAGCUUGCGUCGUUUGAAAAAACCACCGACCACUUGUUCGACGCUGCGUUUUUCAUGAAGAACGACAAGAUCGAGGGUGUUUCGGAGUGCAUUAUUUUGGGCCAGACCAUGGGCAUUGGUACUGGUGCGUUCAAGAUGGUGAAGACGUCGAACUACGACGAAUCCCGCAUGAAGCGCAAGGAGACGCUCUUUGAGUCUCUUUGUGAGGUGUCUGCCGAAGCGUAG